AGCUUUCCUUACUUUUGUCACACUGUUCUUCCGUGACUCCCAUGCCCAUGUUCGCCUUGGCUGCCAACCAUGGCUAAUCUCCAUCAAACGGAGAUCCAAAUCUCCAACCUCCCGACCAAAUCGGUCAUACUCACCCCACAGAGGGCAACAAUCACCCGUGAGAUCCAUACUACUAUUCAUCCAGGCCAAAAUGUAAUCACGAUCCAAGGCCUAGAUCCCAACGUGGACCUGGACUCUGUCCAAAUCGAUGGCUCCGGCCCUGCUAUCAUAACAGACAUGCAAACAGAUGUUGUACCCCGGCGCGAGAAAUUCAACGACGUCUAUCCUGACCUGACAGUCGACGAGGAAAGUGAUAUCGAUCAGGACAUGACGACCGACGAAGAAGGUAUCAAUAUCGAUGACUCUGAGCUCCAGGCUAUCCUGAAAGAAGAGCAGACCCUAAACACCUCUAUUGCCAAGGCACAGGAUGAUAAAUCUGCGUCGCUGUUUGUGUUGCAGUUUCUUGUGGGCUAUGGGAAGAGUAUUGACUCGACUAAUUCUGAUCCAGCUAAGCUGAAUGAUUUCCUGCAAAUGUAUCUUCAGCAGAGGAAGACGGAAGGGGAUCGCGCGAGGGAUACGGAGGUUAAGAUUGCUGAUAGUGAGAAAGUGCUUGAGCGAGUUAAGCGGAAGAGGGAGCGGUUGGAAUCAGCCCAUACUAAGGCCAAGGAGGCUGCAUUGAAGGACGCUCGGCGAGCUAGCGAGAAGCGCGUGAGGGAGCGACAGGAGCGAAGGGUUAAGCAAAAGCGAGAUAUCAAUGAGAAACGGCAAUUUUGGAAAGAUCGCGUCGGUCAAGUCGAGGUCUACCUGGAUGGGCAUGUGUCGGCCAGUCCGGGGUCCAGUCGCCGGAGCUCGGUAACUGAGAAUGCUACAUAUGGUGGCCAGCCGAUUGAAGUGACCAUGAAUCUGACGUAUAUCGUUCCUGGCCCGAGCUGGGCGCCUCGGUACAACUUGAAGAUCAAUACACCGGCUUCCACCGCAUCGUUGAUCUACAACGCGGACUUCCAGAAUAACUGCUCGGAGACUUGGAAAGACGCUAAGAUCACUCUUUCAACCUCUCAUGCAGCCUUCUCGGGUCUGGAUGAGCCAAUUCCCAUUCUCCAGCCCUGGCAUGUCACAACCUGCUCGAUUUCGGAUCCUCAAUCAAUCUCUUGGCAGGAUGUCUUACGAAGCCCAGCUGAGAUAAACCACAAUGCUAUGGCGACCAACAUGAGUUCGUAUCCCGCGACCGUUGAUGUUCAAGCACGCGCUCGCGCCCAGAUGAUAGCGAACGCAAGAAGUCUACAAGAAUCCGGCGCAGUACAGAACGCGCAGCAACUGCAACAACAAGCUCUAGCCCAGCAGGCUAUGGCACAACAAGCCCCAAUGGCCCGGGGGUUUGUGGCACGCAGAGAACCGCGAACCACACCGCGUGAUUCCCGCCAUUCAUGGGUCCCCUCAGCGCGUAGAGCACUGGGAUGGGGCGUUAGUGAGGAUAAUGAGGAUAAUGAGGAAGCCGAUGACAGUGGCAGCGACACUGAAACUAACGCGUCACCCAGCCUGGAGCGACAGGAUUCGGUUCCACAGAACUACGGUCUGACCACGACCUAUGAACUUUCUGGUCUCCGCACACUUGCUCCCUCUACCAGCCAUAGGCGCCAUCUUAUUGCUCAGUCAACCCUGCAGUCUCUGACACUAACGCAUGUGAUUGUUCCCAAGAUACGUGCCACUGCGUUCCUGCGUGCCAGAGUUAAGAAUACCUCGUCGGUCAAUAUCCUGCGCGGGAAGACUGGCAUAUCCGUUGAUGGAACCUUCUUGGGAUCGUCUACGCUGCCGAAUUGUGCACCGAAUGAUUUCUUCAAUAUUUCCCUCGGGGUUGACCCGAAUGUUCUGGUGACUUAUGCCAAGCCGACUGUUCGCAAGCUUGCUUCUGGGUAUAUCAGCAAGGAAAAAGCUGCAGUAUUUCGUCGAAGUUGCUGGGUAAAGAAUACGAAGAGUACAGCAAUUGAUAUGAUUGUUUCGGAUCAGAUUCCGCUCAAGGACAAUGAACAGAUGCGUAUCCAGGUACUAGAGCCGAAGGGCUUGGAGAAGGAAGGUAGUGAGGUGGAUAUGCCGCUGGAAAGGGAUAGGGGCAGAGGGAAGGCAGUGAUGAUGAGAAAUGGUGAAGUCAAGUGGUUUAUUAGAUUGGAGCCUGGCAAGGAUGUACGGAUGGUGUUAGAAUAUGACGCCAAGGCGCCUGAUGGAAGUGCGGUGAUUACGGCUACUUGAAUUUGUUCGUUCUUGCUGAUUGAUGGAAGAUGUGGCGAAAUUGUCAGUUGCUGUCGAAUAUGUAUCUUACUAGCUCUAGCCUUGUCAGUUCGACGUGUAUCAGCUCCUUUUUCAUCCUAAUAGUGCUAAUUACAUACAUACCUAAAUCAACAUAUACGUACAAUGAGCAGAACCCGCCUGUGAUAUUGACAAAUUGCAUGAUAAAAAGAACCCUCAGUUCACUCCGCCCAGGUUCAUUGCUGCACUAAUACAAGCCAGAUGGCUGAAUGCCUGCGGAGUGUUACCUAUCUGCUCUCCAGAUAUGGCCACCUCUUCGGAGAACAUGCCCAGGUGAUUCGCGAAGGAAAGCAUGUUGUCAAAGUUAGUCAUCGCCAACUUUCGCAGCUCCCGGUACAACGGGUCAUCGACGUUGUAAGAUAUUGCUUUCGAGGCCUAGCUUCGUUAGCCACUUCCAUAAGCUGCAAGCGAGGGAGUACUGACACGCAUCAUGGCUUCGACUAGC